UUUCCAAACGGAGACAAGAAAAAACGCUACUGAGAGAAACCUUGAUGCAAUUUUUCCUUGUUUUACUCCUUCCAUUUUUGAACUUUUUUAUUAUUUUAUAGAAAAACAACAAAAAAUGUCAAACUUGAAUGACGUAGUCAUCGUCAAUAUAUAUAUAUACUCAUCAACCAUCCGUUACUCUCUUUUAUUCUAUUAGCACUUCUCAUCUCAGAUACAGCCUUGGGUCGCUUUCUCGACCUCGUUCAUUUCACCUAUCUGCAGCAUUUCACUCAUCAGCUAGCGUUCAGAAAUGUUGAUAUGUGCUGCUUGAUCAUCGGAUGAGUUCAUCUGAGGAAAAGCAAAUUGACACAAGAGACUUCCGCUAUGUUUACGUAAGAAGAAGAAGAAGAAAUGCAGCUGGUUCUGGAAAAGUAGUUCGAGAUUUGGAUCUAAACGCUCCCCCGCCUUCAGAACCUUCUAUGCCGAAAACGGAUGGCUCAUUUGAAAUUGGAGAUGAUAGCCCUCUCUCUCCUGCACCCAAUCUCUUCCAAAAAGCAGUAACCAUCACCCGCAGAAAGCGAAGCACCCUCAACCGCAUUCCGCGGAGCAACCUGCAACCACCCAGCCCACCAUCAAUUCAAGUUUCUAAGCAAUCCCAUAUGUUUCGCCGUAAUGUGGACAACGAUCAUUCCCACCAAUUGUCCACACCAUCAACUGACAUUACAGCAUUCAGCCCACCACCACCAUCUGCAGAAGCGUCUGCUUCUGGCAAAGAGUGGCGCUGUCCUACCUGCUUAAGGAUUGACAAUGAUGAGCUUUCAAAGCCCCUCAUAUAUCUGAAGAAGCAGUUGAAAUUAAAAAAGGGCAUUAAAAAGUCUGAAGGGUGAAGGAGGCAUCAUCCUUUUUUAGGUGUGGAGCAGAGUGUAAAAGUAGUAGAUUAAACUAUUUAUAAUACUAGAAGAUGUUUAGCUUGAUGCCUAUUGGUCUUGCAUACAAGCCCUUAUAUAUUUCAAGGCCUAGUUAGUUAUUAGUUAGAUACAUCAGAAGGCUUAUUUACUGUGUUGAUGCGUGCUCUCUUUGAAAUACUAUCCUACCCGUUGUAUGUCUUAUAUAUAUCUCUUAUUUUCUCUGACA